AAUGGCGAGAAUUUCAGCAUUCUGGAUGAGCAGAGGUUUGCCAAGGAGCUGCUCCCCAAGUACUUCAAGCACAACAACAUCUCCAGCUUCAUACGGCAGCUCAACAUGUAUGGCUUCAGGAAGGUGAUUGCUCUGGAGAAUGGUAUCAUUACAGCAGAAAAGAGCUCAGUCAUUGAGUUCCAGCACCCUUUCUUCAAGCAGGGGAAGGCACAUUUGCUGGAAAACAUCAAGCGCAAGGUGUCUGCAGUGAGAACUGAGGAUCUCAAGGUCUGCACGGAGGAUCUGCACAAAGUCCUGUCCGAGGUGCAGGAGAUGAGGGAGCAGCAGAACAACAUGGACGUCAGGCUGGCUAACAUGAAGAGAGAAAAUAAGGCCCUGUGGAAAGAAGUGGCAGUUCUAAGGCAGAAGCACAGUCAACAACAGAAGCUGCUGUCUAAGAUUCUUCAAUUUAUACUAAGUUUGAUGCGAGGAAAUUAUAUUGUUGGGGUCAAAAGGAAAAGGUCUCUCACGGAUGCUGCAGGUGCUUCGCCCUCCAAGUACAGCCGUCAGUACGUCCGGAUACCUGUGGAGAGUGGCCAAGCUAUGGCGUUUUCUGAGCGCGGUGCAGAUGAAGAGGAUGGAGGCACAGGUCUCAUCAUCCGAGACAUCACGGACACCCUGGAGAGCGCCACCGACGGCCUCCUGGCCGUGGCACACGCGAGCAGCAGGGCCAGAGAGCCACAGGCAGUUCUGGAUCCUGGCUUGCCUGUCUGCCAAAUAUCACAGCCAGGUGAGCUGAACUGUGCAGAGCCUGUCCCACCAGUUCCUGCAAGUGAUGCCAGCAAGUCCAGCGAAGUCGGCAGUGCUGCUGUGGAGCUCCACACUGCACAGCCCAGUGCUCCAGAAGACCCUGUGUCAGUGAUUGACUCCAUCCUGAAUGAGAACAGCUCUGGGAGCCAAAAUGAUCCUUUGCUGGACAGGGAAGAAAUCCAGGAUUUCCUGAACUGCAUCGAUGCCAGCCUUGAGGAGCUCCAGGCAAUGCUGUCUGGGAAGCAGUACAGCUUCGGGGCCGAAGCGUUCAGCGAUACAUUCAACCCCGAGCUGCCAGCCCUGGACGUGAGCUUGAUGGAGACUCCCCCUGGUAUGGAAAAUAUGACAAACUUGGCAGAGAGCACUGAAGGUCUGGGAGCGAGUGAGAGGGAAACAGCAGGAAGCAAAGAUAUGCAGCUGAUCCAGUACAGGGCCAACCCUCUGCUCUCCUUGUUUGAAGAACUGCCUUCAGGUGAAGCUACAGGGAAGGUGGAGGAUCCCAAAGACUUUCUGCUGCCUCCCCUGGAGGAGAAACCUGCUCUCCAGCCCCCGUCAGGCAGUGGGACCGUCGUGCCGCUUGCAGCUCCAGCAGCCCAGGCCGAUCCUCUGGACAGUCUGGGAAUGGGCGAUCCGCCUCUCCUCCCAGAAGAUGGGAACGGAGAGUAUAAACUGUUUCCACUCCUGCUCCUCAGUCCUGUUGCUAACUUCAUAGAUGAGGCCUCUGAGAUAGAAACUUCCUGA